CGGGAUCCAGGACUCUGGAGAAAUCAAUCCUCAUAAAGUCGAUGGCUUUACUGUUCUAGGCUAGAGUUUUCUUGCUGCCUUAGGAUUUCUUGUAUUAACUGCUUGCAGUUAAAUUAAGUCUGGGUUUUGCCUUCCGGAACAAACAGGCCUUUUCCUCAGGUGGGAGGGUUAUAGUGUGGUUAACCCCAGUUCCUCUGCCUGUAUGAAAGGGCGCAUAGUUCAGCCGGAUGGCGCUGCCAAGGGGCCCUCCUGCGUGGUCAAGGCUCCAGCUACUCAGAGCACAGUUGGGCCGAGGUGGUUGCCUCUUAGGGUUAAAAUGACCACAUCAUUUAUGUUCUGAGAGCUGUGCUGAGAAGAAAUGCAAUGGUGCCUCUUGAUUCUGAGGUGAAAGAAGAAUGUCUCAGGGAAGACCUGAAGUUUUACUUCAUGAACCCUUGUGAAAAAUACCGAGCCAGACACCAGAUUCCAUGGAAACUGGGUUUGCAGAUUUUGAAGAUAGUCAUGGUCACCGCACAGCUUGUUCGUUUUGGUUUAAGUAACCAGCUGGUGGUUGGUUUCAAAGAAGAUAACACAGUUGCUUUUAAGCACUUGUUUUUAAAAGGAUAUUCAGGUAUAGAUGAAGAUGACUACAGCUGCAGUGUGUAUACUCAAGAGGACACCUAUGAGAGCAUCUUUUUUGCUAUUAAUCAGUAUCAUCGUCUAAAGGACAUUACCCUGGGGACCCUUGGUUAUGGAGAAAAUGAAGACAAUAGAAUUGGCUUAAAAGUCUGUAAGCAGCAUUACAAGAAAGAGGCCACGUUUCCUUCUAAUGAGACACUGAAUAUUGACAGCGACAUUGAGAUAGAUUGUGUUCACUUAGACCUUGAGGCUUUCUCCAGGAACCCUCAGGACUGGAAGAACUCAUCAUUCUUCAGACUGGAAUUUUAUCGGCUCUUAAAAGUUGAAAUCUCCUUUCAACUCAAGGGCAUUGACCUACAAACGAUUCAUUACCGUGAGUUACCAGACUGUUACGUCUUUCAGAAUACGAUUACCUUUGACAAUAAAGCUCAUAGUGGAAAAAUCAAAAUCUAUUUUGACAGUGAUGCCAACAUCGAAGAAUGUAAAGACUUAAACAUACUUGGAUCUACUCAGAAAAAUACGGAGUAUGUCCUGGUGUUCGAUGCAUUUGUCAUUGUGAUUUGCUUGGCAUCUCUUAUUCUCUGCACAAGGUCCAUUGUUCUUGCUCUGAGGUUACGAAAGAGAUUUCUAAAUUUCUUCCUGGAGAAGUACAAGCGGCGGGUGUGUGAUGCCGACCGGUGGGAGUUCAUCAACGGCUGGUACGUCCUGGUGAUCAUCAGCGACCUAAUGACAAUAAUUGGGUCCAUAUUAAAAAUGGAAAUCAAAGCAAAGAAUCUCACAAACUAUGAUCUGUGUAGCAUUUUGCUUGGGACAUCUACGCUGUUUGUUUGGGUUGGAGUCAUCAGAUACCUGGGUUAUUUCCAAACAUACAAUGUGCUCAUUCUAACGAUGCAAGCCUCAUUGCCAAAAGUUCUUCGGUUUUGUGCUUGUGCUGGUAUGAUUUAUUUGGGUUACACAUUCUGUGGCUGGAUUGUCUUAGGACCAUAUCAUGACAAGUUUCAAAAUCUGAACACAGUUGCCGAGUGUCUGUUUUCUCUGGUCAAUGGUGAUGACAUGUUUGCAACCUUUGCUCAAAUUCAGCAGAAGAGCGUCUUGGUGUGGCUGUUCAGUCGCCUGUAUUUAUAUUCCUUUAUCAGCCUUUUUAUAUACAUGAUUCUCAGCCUUUUUAUUGCACUUAUUACAGAUUCUUAUGACACCAUUAAGAAAUUCCAACAGAAUGGGUUUCCUGAAACGGAUCUGCAGGAAUUCCUGAAGGAAUGUAGCAGCAAGGAGGAGUAUCAGAACGAGUCCUCAAGCCUCCUGUCCUGCGUCUGCUGUCUGAGGAGGUCAGUGGUGUGGCCAGUCUCUGUGCUCCUGAGACGGCCUGCUCUGUUGCCUUGAGACAGAGCCACUCCGAGAUUAGCACUACAUGCAGAAAUCAGCUUAUUGAAAGGAAGCAGUGAUCACUUGAUGCUUAUUAACUGAAGACCUUCUGCUAAAAUCAAUUAAGGUUCAGGCCUCUUUAUCCAGUGGUAAUAUAGAGGGAUGCCAAACAGCUUGGACCGGCAGUUCCAGAAGGACUAUCUUAUUUAAUUAUGCUGCAGAAGAGAGAACUGUCAGCUGGCUGACCACGACUGAAGUUCCAAAGUUAAUUUUUUAUAAACUUAGAUGAAGAAGAAUAGACCAUGUGCUACUACCGGGCAUUAGUGCAAUUGCGCAGUGAAAAUGAAAUUCUCUAUUAGUCUGUUAAUUUAUGACAUGAUAAUGUUGGGGUGGGAAAAAAUCACAUUUCAGAGUGUGCAAGACAGUGGUGUUUAAAGCCAUGUAUUUAAAGAUAUGUGUUUAUUAUCACAUAAGGAUUUAUUUAUUUUUUUUUUUUGAGACAGAGUCUCGCUUUGUUGCCCAGGCUAGAGUGAGUGCCGUG